CUCAGAUCGGAACGGAACUACAACUAACAGAUGGUUCCUAUAAAACCCGCCACAUUCCCCAUCAUCUCCCUGGUUUUCUCCGGUCAUCGUCCUCACGUCACUCAUUACACACAUAAAAACCAAAAGAACAUCUUAACCACCGCAAGUUACCGAUCAAUCAACCACCACAGUCAGGAACCGCCGCCGUUGAUCUCAUCUUCGUCGGCGCCUCAAUUGACAUCGUCAACAAGGGUGUUGAGAAGUAAGAGGAAGAUCAUGGAGAAUACGAUUGAUAACAGCUACAUUGUUGGCACUUUCUUCGUUUCCUUUUUAGGUUUUGUUGGUCUAUCGGUUCUAAGGCGCCGUAUCAGCUACUCAGUACCUUACUCUAAGAAGAAUGUUUCUGGUAAUAACAACAGUUUUAAGAAUCGGAGUGAUCUGACGCGUGGAGAGUUCCAUCACCGAUAUGGAUCUGCAGAUGCUGACGUCAUAAUCGUCGGAGCUGGUGUCGCCGGUGCCGCCCUUGCUCAUACCCUUGGCAAGGAAGGACGCAAAGUUGUAGUAAUUGAGAGAGAUUUAACAGAGCCAGACAGAAUCGUAGGUGAAUUGCUACAACCAGGGGGAUACCUUAAGCUAAUUGAACUAGGUCUCCAAGAUUGUGUGGAGGAAAUAGACGCUCAAAGAAUACAUGGAUAUGCACUUUUCAAAGAUGGAAAAAGCACCAAACUAUCUUACCCCCUUACAGAACUUUCAUUCAGACGUAUCUGGUCGAAGCUUUCACAAUGGACGCUUCAUACAAAAAAUGCGACACAAAGCUGCCACUCUCCCAAAUGUAAAACUGGAACAAGGCACAGUAACAUCUCUUCUUGA